AUGUAGUCUGCUGGAAGACCUGAAAUACCCCUAAGAGAACCAAUAGAUUAAGACUUUAAGAACAAUCGAAAGAUGGCUAAGCAGUUAUAUAACUAAGAAAGAGUAGAGAAGGUGAAAUAGAAUAAGGAGUUUCACUAGUAAAUGAUUGAUCAGCAAAUGGAUGCACUUCUUAAGAGAGAAAAAAAGAAGGAAAAGCAAUUGGAAGAUGAGAGGAAACAGCUGGAAAAAGAUUAAAAAAUCAUCAGAGAGUAAAAUGAAAGGAAAAGGCAGUAAGUGCUUGAAAUGAAAAAGAAGCUGCUUAAGGACAAGGAAAAAGAGUUAAAGGAUCAGGAGAAGAAGGUCCAGGAUCAAUACGACAAAUACAUUUCGGAAAAAGAUGAGAGGAUGAAGCGAUAGUAAGAAGAACUGUUCCAACUUGAUUUAGAACAGAUGAAGGAAAUAAAGGAUAAGCAUGGAGCUAUUUAGUAAAAGAUAAGGAGAGAAUAAGAAGAAGUAGAGAUUCAACUAAAAGUAAUUGAGGAAAAACUAAACAUUAAGGAAAAGGCAAAAAUAGAAAAACUCAUCAAAAAGCAAGAAGAUCUUAAGAUUCAUUCUGAGAUAGUUAGCACAAGAUUAAAUCAUGUGAAGGAGUUAAGUACAUCCAUAAAUGCCGAGCUUAUUCAAAGGGAUCUAGAAAAGAUGUCGAAGACUGUUAAAAAUAAAGAAGAAAAAAUCAAAAAGGACAUCAUAGACUUGAAAGUAAAGAAUCAGCGUAAGUUUGAGAACAUCGAACUAAAGUAAAAAGAUAUUUAAAGAAGGACUAGGGAAUAGUUUAAUUACUACUAGCAAAAAAACAACCUCAGAGAUUAGCUCAUUACUGACGUCAAAGAGGCCCUGAAAGAGGAUGUUGAAAAGAAAAAAGAACUCUCCCUAUUAAGGAAAAUGGACUAAGAAGAGAACUUCAUGAGAAGCUAAAACUUCCAUAAUAUGUAUAAGCAAAAGCUUCAAGAGAAAUUAAGCGAGAAAAAAGAUAGAGCUGAGAGAAUAAAGGAGCAGUAAAAGAGGAUUGCUGACAUGUGUGGAACUGUUAGAACCAUCGAUCCAUUCAGAAGUGUCAUUAGUGGGGCUGGCAACUAAAUGGCUAAUAAAACAGUCACACAUCUCAGAACUAAGAGUGUGGGUAUUAAUUUUUGA